AGGGGAAAGCACUUUGCACCAUAGGCAGUUCGCUAGAGAGAGGGCGAGAGGAGGAAGGCAGGAACAGAGAGAGGCGGAGGGAAGGGGGGGGAGAAAGGGAAAGAGAAGGAGGGAGGAAGGAACAGAAAGUUUGUGUAUAUAAACCUUUUUUCAAAAAAGGAUUGUUGCACCUGGUAGCUAGCUUUACUGACUCAGAACUGAAAGGUCUGUUCACUGCUUAAACAGCUGAGAAACAAUGGGAUAGUGCAGGAAAGUUAACAAUUAACAAUCUCAGUUUAAAUUUUGUAACUGCAGGGAACUGGGACCACAGCUGCCUCUCUCUUCAACAAAAUCAGGUCUCCUGGUUAAGGGAAAAAUUUUUGUUAACAUCUUAGUUUCUAAAAAAUAAGCAGCUCCGCGUUCAAUGAGUAUCAUACAGUAAUGGUUGUAACCAGCCUGCUCCUGUUUAACCAUCUCUGCUCAUUUUAAAGAGAGAGGCUGAGAGAGGGGUAACGAGGCUUUUGAAAUGCUCUUUACUUUACUUUUUUAAAUGAGGGUACAGGGCGAAAAAGGGACCUGAAAGCAUCCGGCUGAAGAGAAGCGGCAAGGAAGAUGGGUCUGCUAAGUGUGGAUUUGCUAAUCACGCUUCAGAUCUUGCCGGUCUUUUUCUCCAAUUGCCUCUUCCUUGCGCUGUAUGACUCUGUGAUCCUCCUGAAGCACAUGGUGCUGUUUCUGAGCCGGUCAAAGUCCGGACGCGGUGAGUGGCGGAGGAUGCUGACCUCGGAGGGGCUGCGUUGCGUCUGGAACAGCUUCCUGCUGGACGCCUACAAGCAGGUCAAACUGGGAGGAGAAGCUCCAAACUCCAGUGUAAUCCACAUAGCCAAGGGCAGUGAUGGGAGCAGUAGCAGCUGGAAGAAUGUUGGUGGCAAGUGUGGAACCAAAUGCCACCUUCUGGAUUUUGCCAACUCAGAGCGGCCACUGGUGGUCAACUUCGGUUCGGCUACCUGACCACCGUUCACAAGCCAGCUGUCAGCCUUCAGCAAGAUGGUGGAGGAGUUCUCUGGUGUGGCUGACUUUCUGUUGGUCUACAUUGAUGAGGCUCAUCCUUCAGAUGGCUGGGCUGCCCCUGGUAUCUCUCCUUCUUCAUUUGAAGUUAAGAAACACAGGAACCAGGAAGACCGAUGUGCAGCUGCUCACCAGCUCCUAGAGCACUUUUCCUUGCCACCUCAGUGCCAGGUGGUGGCUGACUGCAUGGACAACAAUGCCAAUGUGGCCUAUGGGGUUUCAUUUGAGCGAAUAUGCAUUGUGCAGAGACAAAAAAUUGCCUACCUUGGAGGCAAAGGCCCCUUUUUCUACAAUCUGCAGGAGGUUCGGCUUUGGCUGGAACAAAACUUUAGCAAAAGAUGAAAUCCAUUCUCUACAAAAGCUAUGUUAACAGUUGUAUCUCUUUAAGGUGAUAUAAAAGGGAAAAAAAAGAAAACAUACGUUGGUUUGAAUAAGGCUUUUCAGAUGGUUGCAGGAGAACACAUUUGAUAACAAGGUCAAAUGAACAUUAACUACAAAACUAAAAUAAACCAAAAAACUAAUGCCACAUAAAUACUAUUGUACGAAAAAAAACCAAUCCCACUCCUGCACUCGCUACGCGACAGAAGAGGUGAAGUGACAUCUGUGAAAAGGUGCUGUUGGCGAGCAGGAAGAGUGACAAGACGUGUCUCCCAAGCAACCCUGUCAUGAAGUGUUGGCCCUGGGGUAAGCCAGAAGCAUUGUUGCUUGGAAGGCAAUCCAUAGAAAGGCAAUGCCUUGCCUUUGAACAGAAAAGCUGCUUUACCCUGCUGUGGCCAAUGCAAGAGACCUGGGAGGAGCCAAGGGCUUGCAAUUACUUCUCAUAGAAAUGCAGGGGAGUGCUGCAAUUGCCCUGUCUCAAAAGAGAUUUUAUAAUUCAGAGACUAUAGGGACCACCAUGCAAUGCAUCAUGCAGGCAGACUGGCAGCUCAGAUCAAUAUGAAACAUUGCGUGCUGGUAUUUGUAUUCUCUACAGAUGUCUCCGCACAGCAUAUGGACUCUGUAAUUCCAUCUGUAUGUUUGUAUCCACUAUGCAGGCCUGUGCCUGCUGAGGAAGAUGUUAAAAUCUAUGGAGUUGGACUGAACAGACAAAGGUGAUCAAAUAAGGCCAUUAAAAUUCGAAAACUAUAAAACCUGGACUAUUUGUAACAAAAUAGCAAGAACCAUGUAGAUUUUGCAUCAUGAGAUAAAACUCAGCUGAUGCCAACCAUCUCUUGGUUCUCAGAGCUGACAACACACAUCUAUCAAUAUUCUCUGGUUCUCUCCUCUGUUUCUUUACCUGCCUUGGUCUCUUUCUGUCUAGCUUAAAGAUAAUUUCACUUUUAGCUUCUUAAAAAAAUAACUUAUUCUCUUGUAUUUUUAUUUGAGAUAAUAUCCUUACAGAUGUAUUUGAGGGAUGGGGCAACUUAUACACAACUUUACCUCAUUGAAAUGGAAACCUGUCCUUGUUAUUUACCCUGUUAAAUGUAGUCAUACUUAUUUUUGCUAUCUCAGAUACCUGCAACUAGUUUAUAGCUGAGUUUGUUGGGAUAUUAGGUUGUUGGAAGCCUCAUAACUGAUUAGCUGCAGUUCUGCUCUCAGAAGAGGUAACAAUCUGUUUGUUUCACUCACGUUCUCAAAAUCCUUCCCAGAGAAACAGGGAGGACAAGGUGUGAAUUAAUGUGAAUAAAUUUAAAAGACGGCAGAAUUUUCAUAUGAGUGGGUCUGAUGAAUCAUUUAUUAUGUUUAAAGAGAGACUGUCAACUUAGAGUAUAUGUAUAAAUUUUUGGUAUAUCUUAAAUUAAAAUUAUUUAAUCAAGCAUGAUGAAAAGGCAAGUUUACAAUGAGCUAACCCAUCAGAGCUGAUAGAUGAAAACCCAUAAGGAGACUGACUAUCCAAGUUUUCUCUCAAUAUUGGCAGAAACAAGAAAUAGAUAAACAGGAUAAGAGGCAAAGAUCAAAUUAGUACCUUUAAUUUCUUAUCCUGCUAAUUGUCAGGAAGGUGAUGUCUUAAUAAAAACACAAGAAAGAAUGGGAAAAACAUAUAUAAAUAUUUUCAUUUUCACAGUGUCCCCUUUCAUACUGUGUAUUUCUUCUCCCUUGGCCAACUCCCUUGGUCAACUUAGCCAAUGUACAAGGCAUUUGGAAAUGUGUUUUCAAGCACCUUUCUGAAAUAAUAACAGUAAUGUGAAUGUUUUCUUCCAUAUCUGGGUUCAUACUUCCCUUCCUUCUCACAUCUUCCUCCCCACACUGUUAAAUGUAUACACACACACACGGUUUGGUAAUAUAUAUCAGAGAAGAGUGUGAAAAAUGGUCAUCAUACCUUCUGAUGAGCCCUGCUUCUCAGAAUUCAUGUGUCUGUGUGUAUGUGUAUCUAUGUAUGCCUUAAUGUAUGCUUAUAUAUGUAUAUCACAUAUUUUUAAUGUAUGUAUAUACAUAUUCAUUCACACAGAAUCAGUGUCUAAACCAAUACUAAUAAUUAUUCUUUCCCCCCAUUCGUUGAUGUUACUGUAUCUCAUUGCUCAGUGUGGAAGAUUGUUAUACACAUUCAUGAGUAACUGGGACAUAAUAUUCAAUUUUUAAACCUAAUAACAGAGAAACAGCAAUGCAGCCAAACUACAUGUUUUAUUUAAUCCAGUGUCCUACAUAUGACUGUAUCAGAUGCUUCAGGGGAAGGUGCAAUAAUUUCUUCUGGAAUUUUCAUCAGUUUCAGCCCUUAUUAUUUUUUGUCUUGUCUAAUGUGAUUGUUGAUGUCUCAUCAUCCCUAUGAGAAACUGAUCUUGAGUUUUGAGAUCUAACCAUUUCUUUAGGUAAGAAAUCCUAAAAUAAAAUAAAAAACCCCAUCAUGUUUAAGAGCAAAGGAAAACAAAUAAACCUAGAUUUCUUUCCCCAGGUUUAAAUUGGCUGUUUUUCAAUACCAUUCUCCUCUCUUGCUCUUGUACAUUAAAACUGUAUAAACAGGAGCAAUCCCGAUUUUUCUUCUGUAUGGCAAUGAUUUGAUACAAAAAUUUACAUACCUUUUGUAUGUUUCUUAAGCCAAACAAUAAUUCCCAUUCUUAUACAGCUCUGUAUUCUUUGCCUGUCUCUGAAUCACUUCUGGUUUUGCUACAGUGUCCUUUUACUCAUCUGAGUAAAGCUGUAGAUUUUACUCUGAGUGCAAAUAUGUAUUGAUAUACUCAGCACAACAUCUCUUCUUUAUUAUAGCCUAUUGUUGAGUCAUCUGAAACUCUAUCAAUCCAUAGUAACUCCAUAGCCUUUUUAAAACUUAAAAUACUAAGGCUUUUAUUUCUUUCUUCUUCUCCCCAUGAUACAGUUGAAGUCUGAACUGUUUAUCCAGGAAAUGCUAGCCAAAUGUUUAGCACAGCUGUUGAAACAUACCUUUAGCUCAGAAGAGUCUGAGUUAGUCAUUCAGUUAGUUAAUACCCCUUUGUAUAUCUAAAGUUACAGUUAUUUUUAAAGUCUAUUUUCUCCUUAUGAAUGUCCAUUAUUUUGUCUUGUUAUUCCUAGAUGCCUGUUCAUCACAUAGUGUAAAGGAAUUAUAAAAUUGGCUCCUGUAAAUGGGAAAUCCGCAAGGAUUUUCCACAAGAAGAAAAACACAAUAGCUUAAUUUCUUUCUUGGCAACAGGAAUGCAUUACCCUGCCUAAAGCUUAAAGAUAGUUCAGUCUCAGUGAUCAUCAAGACAGAAAUGCAUUUUGCAAAUCCUUGAAUUUCCUCUGAAAAUUUGUGGUCAGAAAGAAGGGCAAGUGUUGGACAGAGAAAUGGACUUAGAGGAAAGAAUCUCUUUUGUGAGUUAUAAAAAUGCAAGCUCUUAAUUUCUAUUUUUAUCUUUUUGUUGACAGAAUUAAAACAUUUUAUAGAAAAAGUUAUAAAUUAAACUUCAGACACAUAUGUAGAAGUGGACAUACGUCAGAUGUCUAAAAUUAUUGUCACAGUGGGUUGUUUUGAGUCCAGGAAUAAAUUUUGCUACUGUGCUAGCAUUAUACUUCACAAUUAGGUUCUGCUGUGAGGUUGGAUUUGGUUUUGUCACUUAUUACUGUUUGAAGGCUCUAGACCAUGUUAUUUGAGGUGCUUCAGUGUGACAUACAUAUUUUGGAAUAGGUCACAAAAUAGGUGCCUGAAAGUAUUCUGGAAGGCUACUGUAUAUAAUAGAGACCUCAGUGCUGUGUCUCAACAUUAGUAUGGGAAACUUCCAGUACUUUUUCAUUUUCGACAAGGCAAAAAGCUAAUCUAGGCUAUAAUUCUACAUUGUUCUGUGCUUAGCAUACUUAUAUAGCGCUGUACAAAACUAAUGUAAAACAUUUUGUACAGGUGAAAAUAAUAGCAUUUUGCUCUUAGUUGUGUAGACAAUGACAUAAAUUUAAGGCAGCAGGAAAGCGUGUCCUGUCUAUUAAAAAGAAAGGAAGAAAUAUGUUAAAAAAAGAUAUUGUUGAACAACUGUCUGAACAUUUUGGCGAAAAGUAAUUAAUUUUUAUGAAGGUGAUCUUGAUGGGGAAACCCACAAAACUUCUCAAAAAGGUAUCAGUACUAUGUGUGUGGGGGGAGGGAGGUCAUGUUUCUGUAUGUGUGCAAGUGGCUUUUCUGUGAUGUGGAGUGUAGGUUUAAGAGUUUUUUAAGACUCUCAUUCAGUACUAUAACCAAAGCAAUAAAAGGUAUCAGGUAGGGAAUAUUGGCCAGUUUUGUUCAACUCUACACCAUGUCUGUGCCAGAUCUGUAUUCAGUGACCUUUGAGCCCAAUUUGGAGGUUUCAGAGAAGAGAGACUGGGGUGAAACAACGAAGGCUUGUGUGCUUAUGAAGAUCGCUAACAAAAGAGUAAUUAACUCAGUUGGCGUUCAGAUGCCCUCACACUGGCAUUCCUCUGUGCACCUUAGUGUUUCUGGUUUUGAAAACAGGGUCUCUUUGGGACUGUUGAUAAGAUUGUUGUGGUGUAGAUGCCUGUGUGUACUGACUAUGUGUGUGUCAUUGUUUAAAUGUCAAAAAUACACUUUGUAGGAGAGCCAGCAAAAUUUUCUUACAAUAUGGUGCUCCAUGAAUGUGCUUUCUAGAUUUGUUUUUCUUGUAUUAUAAUAAA